GCGUCUCCAUCGGCCAGACCAUUUUGGCCAGGCCGAAAACACCUCCAGGCCCAUCGCGAAUAUCCCUGCUGGCCGUCUGCCACCUCGUCCCUGUUUCUCUGCUCAGCAUCGCACCGAUCCGAACCACCUCUACCACCCUACCCACCCACCGACACGAUACGCACACGGCGUACCACCUGCGUCGGCGCGAGACGAAGCUCUCGUAGCCCCCGAUGAGUUCUUCACUGGCUUAAUCCAAAUCCUCGACUCGACAUGGCUGAAACAGAGGUCAAUGGCGGCGGCAGCGGUGCUGGCCUCGAGCCUGCCGCCGUGAAGAAGGCACUGGCCUCUUCCUCAACUUCCGUGCGCGUUUCACAGCUCCAGCAAAUCGAAGAGUCAAUAACCCACAAGACGUUGGACCAGAACCUCGUUCCCGGCCUCCUCAAGCUUCUGUUCGAUACGUACCCCCUGUAUCAAGACCGAGAAUCUCGACUGGCAGUGCAGAGAUGUCUAGCCGCCAUCAUCGUUGCCGGCCCCGACGCCACCACCCUCGACCCAUUGGUCCAGGCCAUGCGCCGCGAGACGCAAAAGCCGGGAAUUGCUGCCUCGAGUGCCUUUGUUCUGGUGGAGUGGUGCUGCGUACUCAUGCAGCACCUCGCAGGCUCCUCUGUGUGGGAUAAACUCAGCAGUGACAUUCUCCUGGCCGAUGCAGAUGCCUUGGACAAAUGCCUCCAGCCAGGCACCAAGGGCGGCGUUGCCAGGUCCACGCUCGUAGCAACAAGGAGGGGCCUUCGAAAGCUAUUGUCGCCAGUGGAAUCUCGUGAGAAGGUUUUGUCGGAGGCAGUCAAGGUCCUGACGGCCAAGAGCAGCCAGCCUGCGACCAAGAACGCACUGGUAUUGGGUGUUAUCGCCGGCGUCUCAGCUCGCCAGGCUGCCCUGAAACCGCUUCUCGAAAAGCAGAAGCCCCAGUACUACGAGUUUUACAUUCGAGAGAUCAUCGGAUCCAAGACGCCAGUUCCCGAGCAUGUUGCCGGUAGCCUGGGUGACUUCUUUCUCGACUUUGCUACCAUUGAGGAGGUCGAGGCGCAGCUCAUCCCCGCAAUUGAAAAGGGGCUUUUGAGGGCGCCGGAAGUCGUCCUCGGCGGUGUUCUAAGACCUCUCGUCAAGUCACUUCCCAGCAGCUUUGACUUGUCAAAGAUUCUGGAAGGGAAGCUCAUCAAGCCGCUCCUUUCAAACGUCAAAUCAAGCAACCCUGCCAUCCGCAAUGCUGCUUUGUCGGCGUUCCGUGCUAUAGUAGCCAAGAGCGCCGACUUGAAGGUCCUCGAUGGCGUCGUUUCCGAGAUUGCUACGCCCCUGGGCUCCGGCAAGAUUGCGUCGCCGGACCACCGAAUCCUUCACGCCGAGAUGCUCGAUGCGAUUCCUCUUUCCGAACAGAGCGCGACCAAGGCAGCUUCGGCGCUGACGGCUGCGGCGACAAAGGAAGGCAAUGAAGCGGCUCUAGCUGCCGAGACACAAGCUCUAGCGAGAGCCAGCUCCCAGGUUUUGAACGCGGGCGGUGAGCUACCAAAGCCUGUCUUGGACGCCAUCACCAAGGGACUCGCAGAGAAGAAGCCAGCUUCUCGGAGGUUCUGGAUGCUCCGCGUUGGCAGCAUCUUGCACUCCCUGCAAGGCAAGGACUCGUCCCAAGGCGCCAUUGCCUUUGUCGAAGCAACUAUACCCAAGCUCUUAGCCAAUUUCGAAGAGGUUGUUUCCAAUGCUUCAACAGCUGGUCAGAGCGGCAUCAUUGUCGGAGGAUUUGUUCUCGUCGCCCUCACGCCAGCCCUUCUCCGCCAGUUCUCUACCUCGUCGGUCCACGGUUCCUUGACCAAAGCCGGUAUCCUCACUCAGGCCCAAUCUUUGGCCACGAAGCAAUCGUUCCUCCUGAACCAUAGAAUCUACAGCAAAUUCACGUCCGAUGACGACCUUCGAUGGCUCUGUCGAGCGCUGCGUGCCGUUGGCCACUGCCUUGACAGCAAAUCAGAUCAUGCUGUAGUGUUGGCCUGGGCUGAGGCUUUCAUUCAUCUGUCCACCGCUGUUGGCGUUCCGCCAAAGGUGCAGCACGAGUCGGCAAAGACGGUUUCCAAGUUAUACGCCGAGAGCCCAUCUCUGAUAUCUGGCUUCAUUAUUGAUGGCUUGUGGAACGGCCUCCACCUUGAUCAGGCCAGAGAUAAGGACAGCAAGUUGGAGCGAACCAAUCUCAUCUACGUACUGAGAUCUAUAUGCCUUGAGCCCGCAGAGCUUGAAACCCUAGGGCCCAAGGUUGACCAAGACGUGCUUGAGGCGCAAGCUUGUGCUAUUCUAGUCCUGUCUCGCAAGGAGCUUGUUCCCCGAUCUAGCUGGAUUGACAUGUGUCUGAGAAUGUCUAUAGACCCGGGGACUUUGGCUCGGAAGCACCUGGAUACGUUGCUCAAGGAGAUUGCUUUGCGGACAUCAUUCGACCAGCAGCCUAUCAUCAAACAGGCUGCCUACAAUGCCGCGGCAGAUCUGGCCUUUGUCUCCCCGGACACGGUGACUCCGCGACUGGUGGAACUUGUUGGGCGCGACCUCAGUGCAACUCAGCUACGCGGCAUUGGUCCGGUGGAGGCUGCGAUCUUUAGAACCCCGGAGGGCACCUGCUUCGUCGACGUGCUGGCCAAAAAGAAACACGAUGUUGUCCCGAACAAGAACAGCAAGGACUAUGACAUCCUCAAAUGGGAAGAAGAGCUAAGGACACAGCUGGAGCAAAAGAAGGGACAGCAGCGCAAGCUUACCGCUGAGGAGAGCGCAAAGGUGAAUGCGCAGCUGAAGAAAGAAUCUGAGAUUCGGGAGUCAAUCAGAGACAUUGAGGCAAGAUUGACCCGAGGCAUUGGCAUCAUCAGAUCCCUCGCAUGCGGCCCUCCAACCGAUGCCACCUUAUGGUUGGGCUCUGCCGUCGCGCUGCUGCUGGGCAUCAUCGAUGCAGGCGCCAGUCUCAUCAUCGGAGACGUUGCUGCCCUUGCCUACCUCGCCUGCGCAGACAGAGUCUCGCCCAGGCUGGGAAUGAUGCGACCCUUCAUCGGCGUUGCGACUCUCAGGAUCCGCGGAGUGGCGCUCACGGAGGACUACAACCAGGAGAAGGCUGAAGACCUGGUGACCAGAGUCCUGUACCGAUUGCGCUUCGCCGGCGAGCAGCGGCCGUUCGACGCCGUCUCGCUGAUCUACAUGCUACCCCUCGUUCUUGAUAUAUUGCGCCAAGGAGGCGUCGGCGACGACGAGGACGAUCGAGACGCGCAACUCGUCCUCGCUCUGGAGAUCCUCUCCUUCCACACAGACGUUUGCGAGGAUGAGGCAGUUCCACGCGCAGAACUCCUCACAGUCCUGAUUCAAUCAUUACAAAACUACGGGCAGCACUACAAGCUCGUUAAGGACUGCUUUGCGGACAUGUGCCGCUGCAUCGCGCCCAACAUGAACACUGAGGAGAUGGCGGUGCUUGCCAAGGGAACGAUCGUGGGGCAGUCCGGUGUGAGGACGACUGUGCUGCAAUCAAUCAGCGCCGAUGUCGAUAUGAGCGAUCUCGGUUACUCGGACGAGAUUUGGAUAUCGUGUCACGACGACGAGGAAGAGAACCAAGAACUCGGCAAAGAGAUCUGGGAAGAGAGCAAAUUCGAAGUUGGCGCUAAUAUUCCUCUGCGCAUGCUGCCAUAUUUGGAGAGAAAGGAUGCUCAGCUGCGGAGAGCUGCUGCGCGGUCGCUCGCCGACGCGACUCAGGCGCACAAGUCCACGCUGGCAGACGUCAUUCCACAGCUCAAGACUACUUAUCUCGAGCUCGCCAAGCCGAAGGUUCAGCAGCUUGAUGAAUUCGGCAUGCCCAAAAAGAUGGACCUGUCUGACCCUUGGGAAGGACGACAGGGCAUUGCCACCGCCUUCAAGGAAUUGGCUGCUGUCAUGGACAAGAACCAGGUCGACGACCUCUUCAACUUCCUUAUCGAGUCCGGUCCCCUUGGGGACAAGAGCGAUGCCGUCCGCAGUGAGAUGCUGGAUGCCGCCAUUCGUUCCACAGACGUCCACGGAAAGCAAAUGAUCGACGCGCUGAUGAAGAAGUUCGAGCGGACUCUGGAACAACCAGACAAGAACAGUGAUGCUGCCGACCGCGUCAACGAGGCUGUCAUCAUCAUGUACGGAGCAUUGGCACGCCACCUGAAGCCCGGCGACGCUAAGAUCCCCGUCGUCAUCGAGCGACUUCUCGCGACCCUGAGUACCCCUUCAGAGACGGUGCAAUAUGCCAUCGCGGAGUGUUUGCCACCGCUCGUGAGGGCAUGCUCCGACAAAUCGUCAAAGUAUUUUGACCAAGUCAUGGACGAGCUGCUCAAUUCCAAGAAGUAUGCGACGCAACGGGGUGCUGCAUACGGUCUGGCGGGCCUGGUCUUGGGCAGAGGAAUCUCGUCGCUCCGUGACUACCGGAUAUUGACGACUCUCAAGGGUGCCAUGGAGAACAAGAAGGACGCUCAUCAACGUGAGGCGGCCCUGUUGGCGUUUGAACUUCUGUCCACGAUUCUCGGGCGGCUCUUUGAGCCCUACGCCAUUCAAAUCAUGCCGCAACUCCUCAGCGGCUUUGGCGAUAGUAAUGGCGACGUCCGCGACGCUUGCUUGGCGGCAUCGAAGGCUUGCUUCCGCAAGCUGAGCUCUUACGGAGUCCGACAGAUCAUGCCAACGCUCCUAGAUGGCCUUGAUGACCAACAAUGGCGCAGCAAGCGGGGUGCUUGCGACCUUCUCGGCGCCAUGGCUUAUCUCGACCCGAACCAGUUGGCGAACAGCCUGCCUGACAUCAUCCCUCCGUUGACAGGCGUGCUGAAUGACAGUCACAAGGAAGUGCGGGCGGCGGCAAACCGAAGUCUGAAACGUUUCGGCGAGGUCAUCCACAACCCUGAAAUCAAGAAUCUCGUUGAUGUGCUGCUGAAGGCUCUCAGCGACCCCACCAAGUACACGGAUGAGGCACUUGAUUCUCUCAUCAAAGUGCAAUUCAUUCACUACAUCGAUGCCCCGUCCCUGGCACUUGUCACUCGCAUUUUGCAGCGUGGUCUUGGCGACCGCUCUAACACCAAGCGCAAGGCGGCACAGGUCAUCGGCAGUCUGGCUCAUCUGACGGAAAAGAAGGACAUUAUCGCGCAUCUGCCUGUGCUGAUUGCCGGACUCAAGAUCGCUGCUGUGGAUCCUGUCCCAACUACACGCGCCACCGCGUCCCGGGCUUUGGGCUCGCUCGUGGAGAAGCUCGGCGAAGACGCCAUGCCAGAUCUCAUUCCAGGUCUCAUGCAAACUCUCAAAUCGGACACAGGCGCGGGCGAUCGUCUUGGUUCUGCCCAAGCCCUCAGCGAGGUCUUGGCUGGCUUGGGCACCACGCGCUUGGAGGAGACUCUACCUACUAUUCUCUCCAACGUCGAGUCAUCCAAGCCAGCAGUUCGCGAAGGCUUCAUGUCACUUUUCAUCUUCCUUCCUGUCUGUUUCGGAAACAGCUUUUCGAACUACCUUGGCCGCAUUGUUCCGCCUAUCUUGGCCGGUCUGGCUGAUGAUGUCGAAUCUAUCCGCGAGACCGCUCUACGGGCGGGUCGUCUUCUAGUCAAGAACUUCGCUGUCCGUGCGAUCGACCUGCUUCUGCCAGAACUCGAGCGUGGCCUUGCGGAUGACAGCUACAGAAUCCGUCUGAGCUCAGUGGAACUGGUCGGCGAUCUGCUGUUCAAUCUUACCGGUGUCAAAGCGGACGCCGAGGCUGAAGAGGAGGACGAGGAGGCAGCGAAGGAGGCUGGCGCCUCGCUCAAGGAGGUCCUUGGAGAGGAGAAGCGGAACAAGAUCUUGUCUGCUCUUUAUGUCUGCCGCUGCGAUACCGCCGGCGCUGUACGCUCGGCCGCUAUUGCCGUCUGGAAGGUGCUCGUGCCGAGCCCCAGGACCCUCAAGGAGCUUGUCCCGACCCUCACUCAGCUGCUCAUCAGACGCCUCGGCAGCUCCAACAUGGAACACAAAGUCAUUGCCAGCAAUGCUUUGGGAGAACUCAUCCGCAAAGCUGGUGACGGCGUGUUGUCCAGCCUCCUGCCAACUCUGGAAGAGGGCCUGCAGACAUCUACAGACUCGGAUGCUAAGCAGGGUAUCUGCCUGGCCCUUCGGGAGCUCAUUUCCUCGGCAUCUCCAGAGGCCAUGGAAGACCACGAGAAGACCCUUAUCUCUGUUGUGCGCACUGCUAUCACGGAUUCGGACGAAGAAGUUAGAGAGGCUGCCGCGGAAGCAUUCGAUUCCCUGCAGCAGAUCCUCGGGAAGAGGGCUGUUGACCAAGUGCUGCCGUUCCUACUCAACCUUCUUCGGUCUGAUGACGAAGCAGAAAAUGCCCUCUCCGCUCUCCUUACCCUUCUCACCGAGACUACGCGUUCGAAUAUCAUUCUGCCUAACCUCAUCCCGACUCUGAUAACGCCGCCCAUCUCAGCAUUCGAUGCCAAGGCCCUGGCGUCUCUGUCCAAGGUUGCAGGGGCCGCCAUGAACCGCCGUCUGCCCAACAUCAUCAACUCCCUGAUGGACAAUGAGAUCAAUUGCAAGGAAGAAGACCUCCGCGCCGAGCUCGAGACCUCGUUCGAUACUGUCAUCCAAUCCAUCGACGAGUACGACGGACUCAACACUGUCAUGAACGUGCUUCUGGGUCUUCUCAAACACGAAGACCACCGCAAGCGAGCGGCGACGGCGCGCCAUCUGCGCAAUUUCUUUGCAGAAACUGCCGUCGACUACUCGCGGUAUAACCAGGACGUUAUCCGCUCGCUUCUCAACGCCUUCGAUGACAGUGACAUGGAGGUCGUCAAGGCUGCUUGGGCUGCGCUUAGCGAAUUCACCAAGAAGCUCAAGAAGGAGGAAAUGGAGUCUCUCGUCGUGUCAACCAGGCAGACCCUGCUGCGCGUGGGUGUCGCAGGUGCAAACCUAAAGGGCUUUGAGCUUCCCAAGGGCAUCAAUGCAGUACUGCCAAUCUUCCUGCAGGGUCUUAUGAAUGGCACGGCAGACCAGAGGGUGCAGGCUGCCCUUGGUAUCUCCGACAUUGUCGACAGGACAAGCGAGGCGUCGCUCAAGCCUUUCGUCACCCAAAUCACUGGCCCCCUGAUUCGUGUCGUGUCCGAACGUGCCACCGAAGUCAAGGCAGCGAUUCUGCUCACGCUCAACAACCUUCUGGACAAGAUGCCGACUGCUCUGAAACCGUUCUUACCACAGCUACAGCGAACAUUUGCAAAGUCAUUGGCGGACACGUCGAGCGAGACGCUCAGAAGCAGGGCUGCCAAGGCCCUGGGCACCCUCAUCAAGUAUACUCCUCGAAUCGACCCCCUGAUCGCGGAGUUGGUGACGGGUUCCAAGACUGCCGACCCUGGAGUUAAAACUGCGAUGCUCAAGGCCCUGUACGAGGUUAUCAGCAGAGCAGGGGCUAACAUGGGCGAAUCGUCGCGGACUGCGGUGUUGUCCCUCAUCGACAUGGACACAGAUGAGAGAGACGAUGCGAUGACGAUUACGAACGCGAAGCUCCUAGGUGCACUAAUUAAGAACGUGCCGGAGGAUGCUGCUGCGUCUCUGCUGAAGCACCGCGUCAUCACUCCUCAGUUCAGCAACUCGUCUGUGCUCGCACUGAACUCGGUGCUUGUUGAAUCACCCGAUGCUCUUCUUCACAGCCCUGCUGCUGACGAACUGCCCGAUCUCCUCUGCCAGGGCAUGUCCAACAAGAGUACGUUCAUCGCGGACAACUUCAUCUUAGCGACUGGCAAGGUACUACUUUCGUCCCCACCCAAGAGCUUCGAUAGCACGAAGAAAAUAUUCGAAACGUUGGCCAAGAUAAUUGAGCCCGGAAAUCCCACGGACUCGCGUCGGCUGGCCCUGGUUAUCACCCGCACACUGAGCAGGACGAACAUGGAGAUGGUCCGCCCGCACGUCCCGCUGCUGGCGCCUCCCAUCUUCGCCAGUGUCAGGGACCUGGUCAUCCCGGUGAAACUCGCCGCCGAAGCCGCCUUUGUGGAGCUCUUUAGCGUCGCAGAUGAGGAGAGCCGCAUCUUUGACAAGUUCAUAGCCGGGCCUGGAGCGGAUCUACCGCCCAAUACUAAGAGGAGUAUGAGCGACUACUUCAAGCGAGUGGCGAUGAGACUCGGCUCGCAGGCUAGGGAGAGGAGAGAGGCAGAAGGUGGCCAGGGCGGUCUCGGCUUGUCCAAUGAUGAGCAAGAAGAUGAAAAGGAGAUCUGGAGCGUUGGUAAGGUGGAGGUAGCUGGCGAGAUGUUCUCAUGAGUGAGGCGUAGAGACAGGCCUUACGAAGUAGAUGUUGUAGAGAAAAGACUUGAUGACUGAUCGUAAACAUUUGAUUUAAUAUUGUCAAUGAUGC